AUGGGUGACUGGAGCUUUCUGGGGCGGCUGCUGGAGAACGCGCAGGAACACUCGACGGUGAUCGGGAAGGUGUGGUUGACGGUCCUCUUCAUCUUCAGGAUCCUGGUGCUGGGGGCCGCGGCGGAGGAGGUCUGGGGCGAUGAGCAGUCCGACUUCACCUGCAACACGCAGCAGCCCGGGUGCGAGAACGUGUGCUACGACGAGGCCUUCCCCAUCUCGCACAUCCGCUUCUGGGUGCUGCAGAUCAUCUUCGUCUCCACGCCCACCCUUAUCUACCUGGGCCACGUGCUGCACAUCGUCCGCAUGGAGGAGAAGCGCAAGGAGAAGGAGGAGGAGCUGCGCAAGGCCAGCAGGCUCCAGGAGGAGAAGGACCUCCUCUUUAAAAAUGGGGCAGGCGGGGGAGGAGGAGGGGGAGGCAGUAAAAAGGAGAAGCCGCCAAUCAGAGACGAGCACGGGAAAAUCCGUAUCCGGGGGGCCCUGCUGCGCACCUACGUGUUCAACAUCAUUUUUAAGACCCUGUUUGAGGUCGGGUUCAUUUUAGGCCAGUACUUCCUGUACGGCUUUCAGCUGCGGCCCUUGUACAAGUGCGCGCGGUGGCCCUGCCCCAACACGGUCGACUGCUUCAUCUCCCGACCCACGGAAAAGACCAUCUUCAUCAUAUUUAUGCUUGUGGUGGCUUGCGUGUCUCUUUUGCUGAAUCUGUUAGAGAUCUAUCACCUGGGAUGGAAGAAGGUCAAGCAGGGCAUGACCAACGAGUUUGUGCCCGAGCGUGAGUCGCCGCCCCGCACCGACGCCCGGGUCGAAUCCGCGACCCCCGCCCUGAGAACUGCCCCCCCCAACCUCAGCUACCCACCGAACUACACGGACGUGACCUCGGGGGCCGCGUACCCCCUGCCGGUGGCCCCAGCGGCCGAGUUCAAGAUGGAUCCUCUCCAUGAGGACCUCCAGGAGGCCGCCUCGACCUUCUACAUCAGCAACAACAACAACCACAGGCUGGCCUCUGAGCAGAACUGGGCCAACCAGGCUACCGAGCAGCAGACUCGGGAGAGGGAUCCGGGUUCUGCUUCCCCCUCCUCCUCCUCUUCAUCCUCCUCUUCCCCUUCCAACACCGACGGCAGUGUCCAGCACGAGCUACAGGAGCCGAAGGAUGCGGCCCCGCCCGCCCCCAGCCCGAGCGGCCAGGGCUGGUGCGGCGGGAAGGGGCCCCAGGAAGAGGGUCAUGUGACCACCAUGGUGGAGAUGCACGAGGUCCCUGUGGCGGUAACAGACGCCCGGCGACUCAGCAGGGCCAGCAAGACCAGCAGCGUCAGAGCUAGGCCCAACGACCUGGCCGUGUAG